AUGUUCAGCUUCAGGUCGCACGGCCUCCUGGUGGGGCUCAUCAUCGUCGUUUGCCUGGCCUCUCCCGCCUUGGCCUUCGGUGCCGGAAACAUUGCCUCCAUCUCCAAGGUCGAGGGCCAGAACUGGCGACACGGCGAUAUCGAAGAUGCUCUCCUCACCCUCACCAUGGCCCGCGCCCUGAACGGCAAGAAGUUCAACAAGCUCACCGUCUCCCGCGUCUACUUUGGUAACUGGCUUCGCGAUUACUCCCAGGCUGUCGACGUUGGCACUGUCAAGUCCGUCUCUGCCGAGGCCAUCCGUCUCCUGCUUUGUGUCCUUGGCUUCAUGACCUUCGGUUUCGGAUCUGGCGAGUUCGAGGUUACCGCCGAUCGGCUUGGAUGCUACCGCCCGGAGGAUCACAUUGACAACCCUAAGGAUUAUGCGGAGAAUGUCGAUGCUCGCCAGUACGAUCGUCGCCUCCGAGGCCCCAUCAAUGAGCAACGAGAGCUCUCGGUUGACCCCGAGUCUGGCAUGAAGAACUACAUUGCCAACGAGGGCGCCGGAAUCAUGACUUCUGCCAAACAUGUGAAGCAGCUCUUCUCUCGCUCUAUUGAGUUGGGUCGUCGCUACAAGGAGAGUGACAGGAAGUCCGACAAGUACGAGGCUCUCCGUCUCUUGGGAACUGGACUCCACUGUCUCGAAGACUUCUUUGCCCACAGCAACUACUGCGAGCUUGCCCUGAUUGAGUUGGGCGAACGCGAUGUCUUCCCCCACGUUGGACGUGACACCCAGAUUGAGAUCGAGGGUGCUCGUCGUCCCGUCUAUCCCAUUGUCACUGGAACUUUUGGAGGUGUCGAUUUCUUGCACUCUGUUACUGGCGAAGUCUCCGAUAAGCUGACCCAGAAUGAGAUUGACGAGCUUGAGGGCACCCUCCAGGAGGGAAGCAAGGCAGAUACCAGCAUGCUCCGAGAUCUUCUCGACAAGAUCCCUGACGGCAUCUUUGGUGACAAGCACCAAAGUGAACGCGUCGACGAGCUCCAGUCCAAUGCAACUCAAGCUCAGAUGGAGAACACCACCGUCUCUCCCCGUGAGCCCGAGGAGUUCACCAUCUACAUCCAGAAUGUCUUCAAGCAGGUGAUGCCCGCCAUCGAGUUCCACGAUGAAAUCAUGAAGAGCAUCUCUGCCGCUUUUGAGAAGAUCCCCGUCCUGCCCAAGGUCAUUGAGCAACUCGAGGAGCAGUUGUCCGUCUUCAUCUUCUCUCUCAUCGCUCCCUUCAUUGUCCCCCUCAUCCACCAGAUCCGCAACGAGCUCAAGACUGGCUCCGAAGAGAUCAUUGAGAGCAGCGAGCGAGAGCAACACAUUGUGUUCGAAGAUGACAACUCGACUGACCCGACACACUCCAUGCUGUCCAAGGAUCACUUCUCCAACAUUCUCAACGAGAUCGCUGGUCGAUGUGCUGCCGGCAUGGUGACCUGGGUUGUUCCUCAGCUCAUGGACGCCAUGGACGAUGAGAGCGUAGACGUUGAUGAGCUCCUGGACGGCAUCGUACAUGGGAUCAUGCAUCACCCUGCUCAGCGCGAGUCGGGUGGUGGAAAGAUCCGCGAGGGCCGUCGUCGCUGCUACGAAAACGUCAAGGAGUGGUGGGGCGAGAAGCGCGACGAGGGAUCCCAGGAUGACUACCGCAACAAGCUGACUCGCGAGGGAGUUCAGGAAGGCCAGAACCAUAAGGAGGGUGUCCAUGACACUGGCCACGGCCAUGGAUGUGCAGGCAAGCUCAAGAUGCGCAAGCUCUAUGGUGGCGGUCCUGAGACCAUGGAGGACAAGAUUGCUGGUGCUGCGGCUGAUGCCAUUAUCUCGGGUGCUACUGGUGCCUUCUCUGGCAUAGUCGAACAGAACACUGGGUAUAAGAUGUCCCAAUCCUCUCGCAAGGAGAAGGAAGACGAGGGUGGCUUUGGCGGCUUCCUCAACGCCGCCAGUUCGAUCCUAGGGGGGUCCUUCGGUGGCAGCGAGGAGUCGAGCUCCCGCCGAACUGAGACCCAUUCCUAUUCUCAGCGGACUGAGACUCACUCUUCUUCCGGAGGCGGUUACGAGCAACACACCGAGCGCCGUGAGCACCAUAGCUCUUCCGGAGGCCACCGCAGGGAUAACGAUGAUGAUGAUGAUGAAAACAAGCAUCGCCGCAAGAAAAGCCAGGAACACCACCGUCGGAGGGAUAGCAACGAGGGUCGUCACGGCCGUGAUAGCAAUGAAGGCUAUGGCGGCGGAGGUUACGAGCGUCGCGAAGAGCACCGCGAGGAACGCCGUGAGGAGCAAAGCUAUGGUGGUGGCGGUUACCAGCGUCAGGAGGAACGUCGUGAGGAGCAGAGCUAUGGCGGCGGUGGCUAUGAACGCCGUGAGGAGGGCGGAGGUUACGGAGGUGGAGGCGGCUACGGAGGCCAGCCCGAGCAGGGCGGCUAUGGUGGAGGGUACGGCGGUCGACCCGAACAGGGUGGCUAUGGUGGCGGCGGUGGUUACGAGCGCCGCGAGGAGGGCGGUGGAUAUGGCGGUGGUGAGGCCGAUGAAUAUGCUCGCCAGAGCCAAGGAGGCUACGGAGGAGGUGGUGGUGGCUAUGGCGGCGGCGAGGGCGGUCAGUAUGGUGGAAACGGUGGCAACGGCUACGGAGGCGAGCGUCGUUGGUAA